AUGUCGGAAUAUAAUGUUCGAAACGUUGGUGUUGUAAAUACUUUGGAAAACAGACUCUAUAUUGAAAGGACCGGCACUGUAAUUUCUCCUUUUCAUGAUAUCCCAUUGUUCGCAAAUGAAAGUAAAACCGUCUUGAAUUUUAUUGUUGAAAUUCCAAGGUGGACAAAUGCUAAGAUGGAGAUUUCGAAGGAAGAAGAUCUUAAUCCAAUAAAACAGGAUGUGAAAAAGGGUAAGCUUCGAUACGUCCGUAAUUGUUUCCCACAUCAUGGUUAUAUUUGGAAUUAUGGUGCUUUCCCUCAGACUUGGGAGGAUCCUACACAAGUUCACCCCGAAACAAAGGCUAGAGGUGAUAAUGAUCCGCUCGAUGUCUGUGAAAUUGGGGAACAUGUAGGGUAUUGCGGACAAGUAAAACAAGUUAAGGUUCUAGGAAUUAUGGCACUUUUGGACGAAGGUGAGACUGACUGGAAAGUUAUCGUUAUUGAUAUCAAUGAUCCCUUGGCGAAUAAAUUGAACGACAUCGAAGAUGUCGAAAAUCAUUUGCCCGGUCUCAUUCGGGCAACAAAUGAAUGGUUCCGUAUUUAUAAAAUCCCGGAUGGCAAACCUGAAAACUCAUUUGCGUUCAGUGGGGAGGCCAAAAAUAAGAAAUAUGCUACUGAAAUUAUUCACGAAACUCAUGAAGCUUGGAGGCGCCUAAUUAAGGGUCAAGUUCCCAACAAGGGUGAGAAAUAUGAAAUUAACAUCACUAACAUGACGUGUGAAGCAAGCCCUGGUCAAAUUACUGUUGACGAUCCCACUUAUCAAUCUAUUCCCCCAGCUACUCCAAUCAAACAUGCCCCAAUUGAUCCAUCAAGUAAGCUAUAA